CAUUCUUCGUUCGAUAUAUACAGGGUGCGUACGGUAUUUGAGGACACUCAUAUAUGUGAAUGUAAUUUCUGGAGAACAAUUUUGUUUGUUUUUUUUCUUGUCAGAUCAUCAAUGGAGGAGUAUAAAAUAACGCAAGAAAUGAAGAGACAUGCAGUUAUCAUCGCUAUAUGCGCGAAACACACCGAUUUAGAAAUCUCCAAUUUUCUCAAUUGCGCCCGAUCAUUCGUACAUAAGGUUCGUCGUGAAUUGGAAGCAUCAGCUAGUGAUGUAGAAACUGUUGCAAAACGCAAAAAACAUGAAGAACGUUCGGACACUACUAAAAAUACACAAUUUGUCCAACAAGUACAAGAGAUCGUUGACGAAAGCCCUUCAAAGUCCAUGAGGGCCAUUGCGAGGGACUUGAAUGUGUCUGAGAGCCUAAUCCGUCGAGUUGUCUACGAAGACCUCCGCUAUACGUCCAACGUUAUGCGCAGAGGACAGUUUAUGUCGGCACAAACUCGGGAACAGAGACUUAUCCGAGGAAAACGUCUCUUGAACAAGCUUAAACACCCUGAAGUUCCUAAUAUGUUGUGGUUUUUAUCUGACGAAAAAAAUUUCGACCAAGACCAAAAAAUCAAUCAGAGAAAUGACAGGAGUUGUGAGCAACGAAGGACAUGUUAUGCCACCCCAUUUUUUUCGUCAGGGGCUUCGGGUGAAUGCUGCCGCCUACAUCGAGGUUUUAGAAACAGUUGUGAAACCCUGGAUUGAUAGUGUACGUGGGGACAGACCAUACAUAUUCCAGCAAGACUCUGCUCCUUCACACAAAGCCAUGACGGCACAAGAUUGGAUGACCGAAAAUUUCUAUGACUACAUUACCCCAAACUUACGGCCACCUGGCUCCCCAGACCUUAAUCCCCUGGAUUAUUACGUAUGGGGCGUAGUUGAGCGAGAGACCAAUAAACAUCCUCAUAAUAAUAUUUCAUCACUGAAGGAUGCUAUAACAACAACAAUGAUCAAAAUGAACAAAGAGCAUUUUAUUCGGACAUGCAAUCGUUUCCAACCCCGGAUUGAGUCCGUUAUUGCCGCUAAUGGGGAUUUUAUUGAAUAAUUGUAUAGUCUAGGAGUUAAUUAACGUCGUGUAAAAAUUUCAUGGAAUUAUAAUAAAUUUUGCAAAAAAUAUGAACAAAUUAGUUUUAAUGUCAAUUUGUCCUCAAAUACCGUAUGCACCCUGUACAUAUCGAAGCAUACGAGCCACUUUGUCGGAAAACUUCACGAAAUGAAGUCUAUUGCAUUCUUUAAUAUCGCAUGUGCAGUACAGCGUUACUUUACCACCAUGAUGAGAAUCCUGGCGCCAAGCAAUGUGUGUUUUGAGCAAUGAGCUAGCGUUGUUUAAAGCCUGUAACA